CGGAGGGGCGUGUCCAAGAGACCCGUGCAACGGAGAGAGAGGGGGCCGACUGGGUGAGCAGAGGCGGGUCGCGGGGGGUGGGGUGGGGGUUGGGGACGAGUCGGAAUAGGAGAGGCCUCCGCUGCGGGUGAGCCGGCCUGGCCUCUGUGACGCGAGCCGGCGCCAGGCCUCUUCCCUGCCCCCGCCCCCCCGUCGGCCUCUUCCCUAUAAGCGGCAGUGAGAAUGGAAACAUCUGUACCACGUGCCGGGAACCCGGCGUCGGGCUCUAGGCGCUCCACCCCCCAUCGCAUCGAGCCCCCGCGCUCGUCCUCGCGAGAUGAUCUUGAAGACAUGGCUGCCUCGAACCAAGCCAAGUUUGAUGGGAAUUUUGACUCCCUCGACCUUGCUGAAUUUGCUAAGAAACAGCCUUGGUGGCGGAAACUGUUUGGACAGGAGUCGGGGCCUUCUGCCGAGAAGUACAGCGUGGCUACCCAGCUCUUGAUAGGCGGGGUCACUGGCUGGUGCACAGGCUUCAUCUUCCAGAAAGUGGGAAAACUGGCAGCCACAGCAGUAGGUGGUGGAUUUUUCCUACUACAGAUUGCAAACCACACCGGCUACAUCAAGGUUGAUUGGCAACGAGUUGAGAAAGAUAUGAAGAAAGCCAAGGAGCAGCUGAAAAUCCGAAGAAGCAACCAGCUCCCAACAGAAGUGAAGAGCAAGGCUGAGGAGGUCGUAUCAUUUGUGAAGAAGAAUGUGCUUGUGACUGGCGGAUUUUUUGGAGGCUUUCUUCUUGGCAUGGCAUCCUAGGGAGGAAGACUGAUGACCAGCCCUGACAUCGCCCGCCUACUGUCCUUCCACAGGCUCGUAAUUAGCACCCACACUCUGGGAGCGGCCUAAACCCUGUCUGUGGCCAUAAUCCAAGCUGUAGGAUGAGUCAAGAAAGUAGAUGACCUCUCGAGCCUCCUUUGUGUCUUUGAGGGCCUGCUUUGUAAUGAAUUAGCUGUUCUCUAGGUUGCGACAUCGCGUUUCGGUUUCGCUUUCCCUCCCUGUAAGACAGCUAACCAGGGAGCACUGCGUUCUCAAACUCCGUAGCUGGUGGCCAGCCUGCCUGCUGUCCUUGUGUUCUGCCUUGUGGAGAUGAAUACACUUGCCCACUGAUCACAAAA